AUGGGCAAGGCUCUCACGUCGAAAGGCCAGCGCGAAAAAUGGACAUGCAGGAAGUCAACAGCAUGUCAAGCUGAAACUACGUGCCCCAAAUGUGAUCUAAAAGAGAAUAAACAAACAAUCAGUUGUGAUGAAGCUAACAACCGGAAAACUAUUAAAGCUGGUGCGCUUGUCGAAUUUACAUGCACAGAGACAACGUCCUCGCAGAGCAAUGAAGGAAGGAAAACUGCAUCACCGUCAUUAAAAGUAUCAUCAUCACCAGCAUCAUCACCAAGAUCCUCGUCAUUGGUGUCAUCCAGAGUAGCAACCCAAAUAACAGCAUCAUCGUCAUCGGCAUUAUCAUCGGCAGCAGGAAAACUUUCUCCAACAUCAUCGUCAUCAAUAUUACCAUCUGUACAAAAAUUAUCUUCAGCAUCAUCGUCACAGAUAGUAUCAUCACAAACAGCGUUAGCACCGACAACCUCGUCGUCAAUAGUUUCACCAGCUCCAACGUUGUCACUUAAAGCAUUGUCGUCAAUAGCAUCAGUGGCAUCAAGAGUAGGAACAUUAAUAAAACCAUCAUCGUCAUUAGCAUUAUCAGUGGCGACAGAAAAACUGUCUCCAACAUCAUCGUCAUCAAUGUUAUCAUCGGUACAAAAAUUAUCUUCGGCCUCACCGUCACAAAUGGUAUCAUCAGAAACAGCAUUGGCACCGACAACCUCGUCGUCAAUAGUUUCACCAGCUCCAACGUUGUCACUUAAAGCAUUGUCGUCAUUAGCAUCAGUAGCAUCAAGAGUAGCAACAUUAAUAACACCAUCAUCGUCAUUAGCAUUAUCUGUGGCAGCAGAAAUGCUUUCUCCAACAUCAUCGUCAUCAAUAUUAUCAUUGGAACAAAAAUUAUCUUCAGCGUCACCGUCACAAUUUCAUGAGCUGGCAAAUGAUACUAUUUCAAAGUUCAGCAGCCUAAAUAUUACCGGCAACAGUUCCUUGCAGGCGCCUGUUAAUGCUGCCUUUGCCAAGUAUCACACUGAAUUAAUUUACGUCUUAUUGUGA